UCUGAAAAAUUGAACACAAUAUUGGUUUUAUUUUACGCGGCUAACGACAGGCAGAGGAGAGCGAGGAGACAAAAGCAAGGGCGGGGCGUAGACAGUGAACAGCGACAGAGGGAAGGAGAUGAACCACAACCAGCAAUCGAACGAUGGAAAGCACGACGAUGAUGCUGCUCUAUCUGAGUUCCUCGCAUCCUUAAUGGACUAUACUCCCACCAUACCCGACGAAUUGGUGGAGCAUUACCUUGCGAAGAGCGGGUUUCAAUGUCCUGAUGUUCGAUUAAUUAGGCUUGUGGCUGUUGCUACACAAAAGUUUGUUGCAGAGGUUGCCAGUGAUGCUCUUCAACAAUGCAAGGCAAGGCAGGCAGCAGUGGUUAAAGACAAAAGAGAGAAGCAGCAAAAGGAUAAGCGCUUAAUCUUGACAAUGGAGGACCUCUCAAAGGCACUGCGUGAGCAUGGCGUGAAUGUGAAGCACCAGGAGUAUUUUGCAGAUAGCCCUUCAGCAGGGAUGGAUUCUGCUACAAGGGAUGAGUGAGGUGGGGGAAACAAGUUCAUUUGAUUUCCUCCAUUCACCAUAUUGUGUAUGAUUACAGUGCAGUUUUGUAUUUCAGAUGACUAGAUAACUAAUUUGAGCCAGUAUUUGUCCGUUAUAGUUCUUCUGUUAAAUAUUGCAAAUCCUGCAUAUAUAGAUACCCAAUAUUCUCAUGGC